AUGCUGCAGUGCCGGGCGGCCCAGGAGUUCAGCUUCGGCCCGCGGGCGCUGAAGGACGCGCUGCUGUCCGGGGACGCGGCGCUGCGGCAGCUCUACGCCGCCAGCUUCUCGCCGGCCGAGCGGCUCUUCCUGGCCGAGGCCUACAACCCGCGGAGGUCACUCUUCUGCUCGCUGCUCGUCCACUCGGCCUUCGACUGGCUGCUGAGCCGCCCCGAGGCCCCCGAGGACUUCGCCGCGUUCCACGCCUCGCUGGGCCGCCGCCGGCCCAGCCCGGCUCGCAAGCACAUCUACCUGCAGCCCAUCGAUCUGAGCGAGGGGCUGGUGGGAGGCUCCCUCCUGGACACCUUGCGCAGCUGCACGGAGGCCUUCUUCCUGGGCCUGCAGGUCAAGUGCCUGCCCUCGGUGGCGGCCGCGUCCAUCCACUGCAGCUCACGCCCGGCGCGGGACUCUGAGAGCCUCCAGCUGCACACAGACGGCAUCCUGGCCUUCCUGGAGGACAUCAAGCCGGAGGACGCGCUGUGUGUGCUGGGCCUCACGCUGGCUGACCUGUACCCCAACGAUGCCUGGGCCUUCACCUUCGGCAAGUUCCGGCCGGGCCGCGAAGUGGCCGUCUGCAGCUUUGCCCGCUUCUCCGGGGACUUCCUGCAGGUGGGGCCCAGCGCCCCUGAGCCGGCACUGGCCGAGGCAGCGGCCAGCAGGCCGGAGAGCCCCCUGCAAGAGGGAGGCCUGGCCCCCUCCAUCAGUGCCCUGGGGCUGGCGCAGUGCUGCAAGGUCGCCUGCCAUGAACUCUGCCACCUGCUGGGCCUGGGGAACUGCCGCUGGCUGCGCUGCCUCAUGCAGGGGGCGCUGCGCCUGGACGAGGCGCUGCGCCGGCCCCUGGACCUCUGCCCCAUCUGCCUGCGGAAGCUGCAGCACGUCCUGGGCUUCAAGCUCCUCGACAGGUACAAGAGACUGCACGCCUGGACCCAGGCAGUGCUGGAGAGCUGGCCCGGCCACGAGGCGGGGGAGCGGUCCCUGACGGAGGACACCCCGCCCCUCAGCGCCGACUCGGGCGUGUGCUGGGAGAGCGACUCGGAGCCACUCAGCAGCCCCUCCGAGCCGCCCACCCCCGACACGCUGAGCCACCCCUUCCCUGCCGGCCUGGAGCUGGACCCCAAGGCCAGGCUGGGCUCCCUGGAGGCUGCAGAGGCCGCGCCGCAGCCCAGGGGACCCGGGGAGGCCAUGGAGGACCACGGGCGCUGGCUGGCCGCCUGCAUCCAGGCCCUGGAGAGGGACGUGGCCGAGGAGGAGCUGGCCCUGCUGGACCAGGCCGUGGACGCCCUGGAGCGCUGGGAGCUGUUCACGGGGCAGCUGCCGGCCCCCAGGCAGGACGUGCCCAGCGCUCGGGACGGCAUGGGGCUGCGCCGGGCCCUGGGGGACAAGUUCUCCUCACUGAGGCGGCGGCUGAGUGCCCGGCGGCUGUCCAAGGCCGAGUCUCCCCCCUGCGACUGGGACGGGGAGACAUAGCCGGCGGGGCCCCCUGCGGCAAGCUCACCAUCUC